AUGUGCUACCGCGUGGUGACACCACGUUGCCGUCUGUUGCUCGCCGCGGUAGCUGGUGACAGCAGCGUUGAGGUUGUUAUCUGCGUUGUGACCCACGCACAUACCCAGCGGUUCCUCACGCACCACGGCCUUGCCGUGGGAGCCCAAACUGGAGUCACCUGCGGCUCUGGAGGGGACUUGUGGGAACGGUACCACACGUUCCAGUUCCAGGAGUAUUUUCCCAUCUCCUUUCCAGGGGACCUAGAUGACGAUGGUUUGCCACACGGAUUCUGUACAGUCACCUAUGCAUCCACAGACAGAUUUGAGGGAAACUUUGUGCAUGGAGAAAAGAACGGUCGUGGCAAGUUCUUCUUUUUCGAUGGAAGCACACUGGAAGGGUACUAUGUUGAUGAUGCCCUGCAAGGCCAGGCAAUCUACACUUACGAGGACGGAGUGGUCCUUCAUGGCACAUACAUGGAUGGAGAACUGAACGGACCAGCCCAGGAGUACGACAGAGAUGGGCGCCUGAUAUUUAAUGGGCAGUAUAAAGACAACAUUCGACAUGGCGUGUGCUGGAUAUAUUUCCCGGAUGGAGGCAGCCUGGUGGGAGAAGUGAAUGAAGAAGGGGAGAUGACCGGAAAGAAAAUAGCUUACGUGUAUCCUGAUGGAAAAACUGCGUAUUUUGGGAGGUUCAUAGAUGGAGAAAUGUUAGAAGCAAAACUGGCCACCCUGACAUUUGCAGAGGACGGGAAACCUCAGUUUAAAGUAGUACCAGGCAGCCCAGUGUACAGUUUUGACAAAUCUACUUCAUCCUGCAUUUCUACAAACGCACUUCUUCCUGAUCCUUAUGAGUCAGAGAGGGUGUAUGUUGAUGUCUCUCUCAUUUCCAAUGCUGGAGAAGGAUUAUUUUCAAAAAUAGCAGCAGAAGCUCACACCGUUAUGUCCUUUUACAAUGGAGUGCGAAUUACACACCAGGAGGUGGACAGCAGAGACUGGGCCCUCAACGGCAACACAAUAUCCUUGGACGACGAGACCGUCAUAGACGUGCCAGAGCCCUACAACCACGCCGCCAAGUACUGCGCCUCGCUGGGGCACAAGGCCAACCAUUCCUUCACUCCCAACUGCAUCUACGGCCCGUUUGUUCAUCCUCGUUUUGGGCCCAUCAAGUGUAUCCGGACCAUCCGGGCCGUGGAGAAGGACGAGGAGUUGACCGUGGCUUACGGAUACGACCACAACCCUGUGGGGCAGAACGGGCCCGAGGCGCCAGAGUGGUACCAGCAGGAACUGAAAGCUUUCCAGGCUGCCCAGCAGAAGUGAAGUGGAAGCUGCUUCUCAGCUCAGCAAACUGAAAUAGCGACUUGGAUCUAUGCACUACCUUUCUACUGAAAACUGGACAACCAGGGAUUGUUCACGCUGUUGCAUCAUAACUUUGCAUUCUGUGUUAAGAGAUAAGUUUCUUGCAUUCUAACUAGGUUUGACUGUGUUACUCAUAGCAGAUUUAAAAUUAGCUAGUGUUGCACUAGUCUUAUCUGGAGAAAUUAAUUAAUAUUCUAUACAAGACGUGAUAUUCUUUGGUAGCUUCUGCUUUUGCACCAUAUGCAAAGAUGCCAAAAGAGUAGACAGAAAACUAAAAUGGGUAUAUCGUUCACUUUUAGUCAGCAGACUUAGUGUUGCUCUCUAUCUACCUAGGCAUUAUUGUGCAACUGCAUUUUGCAUAUAUGCCACUUGUGAUGAUAACAGUAAUAUUUUGAUAUUCUCUAAUAGUAGCAUAAUUUUGCCUUUUUAAACCUUUGAUCUGAAUCUUGCAAUAGAGCAAUUUGUUUAUUAGCAUCUAGGAGGCUGGGUUUUUAACUCCCCUUUCCUCUUGUCUGAAUGUUGUUCUUUCUACAAGUCCUCUUUUGCAGGAGAAAAUCCUUUACAACUAGUGGAAAGGCUUUCGUGUGUAUGUGAGAGUGCUGUGUGUUGGUCUUUGUGGCUCUCUAAAUAGUUUUAGCAACAUGUCCAAAACUAAUAUUUAUCUGGCCUUUAUGGAUAGUUUAUUUUAUUUGAUUUCUGAUUAUCACACACAAAUCAAGCUGUUCUUUGAAUGAAGACUUUUCUGAAAGGAGAAAACAUUCGAUUUUUGAGAGGUUUUCAGGAGCGUAUGUUCUGGAGGGCAAACACAUUGACUGCAUUAGUGUCCACGGGUUGGUUUGUGCAUCUCAUCUGUUUAAAAUGGCUGAUUCUCAAGGCAAAAAUUCUAUCACUAAAUGCAGGUAUCUCAUAUGAAGUCGCUUAAAGGAAGUGUACGUAUUUGAGGGCAGGUUUUAGUGAUUUGUUAGAGAUCUGUAUCUUUUAUAUGUGUUCAGAUAACAAAGAAUAUGGCCUUAUAGCAGCCUUUCUCUUGGUAGUUGUUUAAGACAUAGUCAAUUAGUACAGAAUGAGCUAUCAGACUCCAUUUGAAGAAUGUCAGUGUGAAAGCAUUGCUUUUGAAAGGCAAACAAUGAAUGUAAAAACAUCACUCACUGCUCAUUUAGAAAUGACAGUCUGUAGCCCCGUUGCAGCCGUCAGUGGGGGCUUGUGAAUAUUCAUCUUCAGGGUUGUCCUCUGGGUUUUUAUAGGGGCAGGGGAGUUGUUUGUUAUUUGAAAUACUGUGCCAGACUUGCCUAAAGCUGUAGGAGAGAGAAAUAGGGUAUCAUUUCAGUCUAGGUGCUGGGACACUUUUGAGACUCUGACAUUCUCUUUCGGGUUAAGCAGCUUAGGAACAAUUCAGAUGCAUUUGCAACACUUUCUUCAAAUGUUUCUAGUUUUAAGAAGUGUUUGUAUAUAUGUAACAUAAAAAAAAAAGAAAAUUAGUUCUACCUUUCUAUUGCAACACUCUUUUUGGUUGCUUCAACAGUUGGCGAUGUCUGGCACUCUGGGGAGCUAGACUUGAAGGACAUGUUGAGUUGAUAUAUAGAAGGAUGAGGUUGCUAUUUUAUGCAGUUUGAGAAUCCUUGCUUUGGUAUGUGUACAAAGUUAUGAGCUUAUAAAUAUAAGGACCUCUCUAAUUUGGGGCUCUGCUUAGUUCCUGCAGCUGUUAGAUUGCAAAGCUUUUUCAGCACCUCCCCUUUCAGCUUGCACAAAAGCCACUCGGUGCACGUGCCUGCGCUGGGCAAGGGGCUCGGGGCUUUCUGGCACUCUCCUAGCAGCCCUGUGGACGUGAGCUCUGUCUGAUCCCAUCUCCAGCUCUGGCGGCUCCGCUCCUCACAGCCACGGGAGGCUGACGCACUCGGCCGAGUGCGCUGAGAAGCAGAACUGAUCCACGUCAAAGGCUGAUUGGCAGCAGAGCUUCAGCAGAUCCACCUCCAAAAGAAACACGUUUCAGGAAAAGAACGUGUUUCAGGAUCUUUCCCUACCUGUCCUUAGAUGAUUAUUUAGACUGUGAUAACCCGCCCUGGGGCGCUCGCCUCUUCGCGCCAGCCGGGGGAGCUUGCUUGAUGUGCUCUGCUCUGUGGAGUUCCUUCGGCUUCACUCCUGAUCUGUCUCCGAAUCCUCUGCUCUCUAUUAAGAACAUAGACUUGCUUGUGUUUUAAUAGAUACGUUCGUCUUACUGCCUGAUUUCGGAGAUAAAUACAAGACAAAUAGAAAGAAGGCUCUGUGCAAUGAGGUUUGGUGGUUGCAUCCUACAACAGGGAAUUCCUAGGAAUAAAGCCCCCAAGUGUCCUCUGUGCAUUCUCUCAAAAGCCACUGAUUUGGUGAUAGCCAAGCAGAUUCUCUUGGUUUUAGGCCUGCCUGUAGUCUGAGUGUAUGCCGCCAGUGUGGCUAGUGUCUCUUAGCUCUGCUGUCCUCUUUCUCUCUGCUCUGUUCAAAAUCUGUUGGUCCUCCUACAGGUCCUUCUUGGGUGACCAACCAUCUAUAAAAGUUGUGAUGAAAAAGCUGGUUUGGCUUGAAUCAGGACCAAGCUUUUUAAAGCCUUUUAAUUCUUUGUUUUUUUUUCCCCUUCCCUGUUGUGGUCUCCUAGAUUGGAGAUGUUUACCAGUGGAUACCACUGCUGUUUACCAGUGGAUAGCAGAGGGGCUGAGAGCUCCGUGUGUCCUUCAGAUGCUGUAAGAGUAGUGAGCUGGUAAACACAGGCUUAGACACAGGCUAGUUAUGUAACUCAGAUUAAUGCCUUAACUUGCUCUAUUUAUUGCAGCUCAGCUUUUGGGGUUUAGCAAAACUAUUUAUCAGCAGAGAUCCGCACCAAAACUUGUUUUUCAUUUGGGGCAGACCAAAUAGUCCCUUUGCAAAGCAAUCAGUUUGAGUUCACUGAAUACAGUUGACUAGGUGUGAAUAUGCAAUAAGCAGAGAAGCUCGACUCCUCAGAGCCUGGCCAAAGACCUGUCCUACUGGAACGGCAAUGGGAAGAGGAGCAGCAGGCAGAUACCUGCUGAACCUGGAUCAGCAGCUGGUACCCUUUGUGACUAAGAAGCAGAAUAAAAGAGUUCAGAAUUGCUGCUUUUUUCAGGUAGGGAGUGUUUCCCAACUUCCAAAUUUGUGCAGGAUCUUGAUACAAGCUGUUUCUACAACA